CCGGCUUCAGAAUGGUAAGCAUCCAAGCAAGGCAACCCUGAGCUGGCUGGCAUAACGUCACCGCUUUGCGCUCUGGUCGCAGUCUUGCUAACACCGCCGCCAACGCGGCAACGCGGCCACCCAGGCAACUGCAGACACAGCGAAGCUCGGGGAGCCGCACGAGCCUAAGGAAGAGUCCAUCAGAGUGUUCAUGCAGAUUGAGCACGAGUUGAAGAGGUCUCUCGUGCGCCUCCGACACGACUGCAACAGUGAGCCGCGUCCCCUGCCCCUGCCCCUAUCCUCUGUCCCGAACGAGGACCAUGCGGCGCGUCUGCUUCGCGUUGUCCACUCACGUCUCGAACCAGAACACGAGCCCGAGUACUUUGCUGCUGUCGAGCACCUAAGCGACGCGCAACUGACGGCCUUCGGGCCAGACGACCUUACCCAAGUCCGCGUCGCCGUCUCAGCAUACGGAGUGCAUGUAUUCGGCAAGGUGCGCAUCCCGUCCCUGCCCGACGAAGGGCCAGCGUAUAUCCACUUCCGAGCGUUCACCAGCGGCCCUGGCGACCAGGCCACUCUCCACAGCAUCCGUGCGCAUCCGCCCCUGUCCUGAUAUUAAUAUUCUGUGCACGGGACGAAUCGGAACUAACAUGCCCGCUU